AUGGAGGCGCGCUGCUGGACCGGGGCGGCGCGACAUCUGGGCGGCUCGGGGGCGCCCUGGGCUUCCUUGGCUACGGGGUGGGUUCUGCUCCUGGUGUGGGAGGGCCGGCGGUGUUCUGUGGCGGCGGGGUGUGCUCGGGGUGGUGGUGAGGGGUGGCCAGAUCCGAUCUGGAAUGGCUUCUCCUCCGGCUGCUGUCGCGGGCGGCGCGGGCUGUGGCAGCUCGGGCCGGCCGCCUCCGGUGGCUGCGUGUGCUGGUGGUGGUCCGCUGUGGUGGUUGGGCUGGUUCGGCGGAUUCGUCCUGGCCCCCGGCGGGGUCAGCUGGUGGUUGCGGCGGCCAGCCGUGCUGGUGGUUGUGCGUGCCCCCGGCGUCUCUCAUGCUCCGAGCUCGCCGGGCGGCGCGGGUUGGGCAGGGGCCUGGCGUGGCUCCUGUCCCGGCCGUGGGUGGCUCCACGGCGGCUUGGCAGGUCAACUGCGGCGGCGGCUGGCAUGUUCCGGCGUCGGUUCGUCCGUGGCAGUCUUGUGUCGGCCUUCGCUUCCUCUCUUCAUCGUCCGGCCGUUACUUCGUCGAAGGGUUGUCCAUCUCCCAGCUGCGGUCCAUCGCUCGUCUCACGACCGGUGCGGCAGGACCGAACUCGUCUCACGCACGGUGCAGCAGGACUGAGCUCGUCUCGCACAUGGUGCCGCAAGACAGAGCUCGUCUCGCGCCCGGUGCUGCAGGACGGGUCGAUGGAGGCCAGUUUGGCCGGUCUUUUGGGUCUCGGCGCUGGGGGUUGCCCAGGGGUAUGAAAGGCGGGUCCUUUCCGCUCGUCUCUUUGGUUGGGGUAGCGGCGGAUCCCGGGUGAGGUGGUGUCAAGGUCUUGGAUGCCGGGACGGCGGUCCUGGUGGUGGUAGCGCGGUGCUCAUGGGCAGAGCCCGUGGCUUGGUGCUGCCCGGUAGCCAUGGCCGUGUGGGCGGCGUGGUAGCUGGGGUGUGGCGUUCGGUGGCAGUGAGUGUUGGCCGGGUGAAAAUUUGUUCUAUCUUCGGACGGACCGGCGACGGCGAAGCUCGUUCCCUUCUUAAAGGCGUCGUCGCGGCUCUCACUGCCCGUCGUGAUGCUCCAGGGGAAACUUUGAUCCUCGGACCGGGCGGUGGCGGCACUCUUGUGUCGUUUCCUUUCUGAAGGCGCCGCUUUGGAGCCCACGGUUCGUCAUAUGCGACUUCAUUUCUUCGCGGUGGCGUGUUCCCGGUUGAGCCCCCGGUUGCUCUUGUAGUGCUAGGGGUGUGUUGCUGCGAUCAACGCAUAUGUAUCCUGCCUUGCAUGUGUUGUGGUGUAGCGUGUGUUUGUACUGGGAUGUUGUUGAUCAUUGCUUUAUAUAUAAAGCGGGGCCAAAGCCUUUUUCGGUA